GUAAGCAGUAACAUCAUGAUUGAACCUAACGUUAGGUCCUCAUCAUUAUUAAAUAGUUAGUACUAAAAGCAUUAAAUCUCAAACAAACAACAAACUGUUAUAACCCUCAUAAUCUUAAUCUAAACAUGUCUGGGGUUCGUAUCUCGCAACCUCAAAGUCGUGGGAUGGGUGGCGGCAUUAAAAGAGACUACCAAGGGAAGGAGAAGACGAUGGAUACCAAGCCGAUUAAGGAUGCGCCCCGUAAUGCAUAUACUUCCAUGUUUGAAUCUUUUCGUGAUGAGUUAGAUGAGCACCAUGAUCGCCGCAUGAGAAUUGGGAAAGUCUCAAGAGAUGUUACCGCUCUCAGUAAGAAGAUCAUCUUUUCACUUCAACGGGUCCGCAGGUUGAACCAGCCAAUUCCUCCUCAUAUUCAAACUGAGAUCGAUGAACGAAUAAAGGAGAUCGCUGGCCACUUGGUUACCAUUGAGGCAGAUGUCACGGGAAUGAAUCGAUAUCGUUACCAACUCAUCUGUCUGGAGGAAUUCGUCGAGGCCGUCUCAUUCCUUCAUUACCUCCGGUAUCAACAGCUCAUCACGCCCUCACAGGCCGAAGAAGCUCUGCCUGCCAACAUAUCACUCACACCUCCGGAUUAUGUAUUUGGCAUAUUCGAUCUCACUGGAGAAAUAAUGCGCUUCGCGACUGCCGUCACUGCAUUGAGUGGGAGUAUGCCAGGACGAACCACUGACGACACUAUCAACCGCACCAUUCUUACUGACAUGCAAGAUAUCAGCUCUAUGCUGCAGAUCUGCCCGACCGUCGGCGGGAAACCGGGUACGUAUGCUAAGAAGUUGAGUAUCAUGAUCGAGCAGGUCCUCAAGGUGGAACGCCUCGGGUACGGUAUUACCGUUCGAGGCAACGAGCGACCAAAGGGCUGGAUGCCGGAUAUGAAUGAGUCCGGAGGGGAUAGAGAUCGUGAGGAUGUGUCCAUGGACUGAGAUGUACACGGCAAACCCUUAUCUCUUCGUUAAAGAUCUGUACUACUAGUACUCUAUACUUUACCCGAGCAGGUUAGUAUUGCAGAUAGUCACUUUAGAUAAUAUCACUGGGAUAUUCAUUCUCCUGCC